UGCCGAAAUGGGUCGGAACAAAAUACCCAUCGAGAAGAUAGCGAAUGAGACGAAGAGACAGGCAACAUUCUCUAAACGAAGAAAAGGAUUGUUUAAGAAAUCUGAAGAACUGGCUGUUUUAACAUCCUCCCAAGUUGCAGUCAUUAUAUUUUCAAGCUCAGGGAAGUUAUUUGAGUAUUCCAGUGAGAGCAUGACAAGCCUAUUGAAGAGAUAUUAUAACUGCCACCGAGACGAUGAUUUAGAGGGGUUGAAGAAUGAGAACGAGAAGCUGCGGUUGAGGAUAAAGCAUAUGAUGGGGGAAGAGCUUUUGAAUUUAGACAUGAAAGAGUUGCAGGAACUUGAGAACCAGGUGCAGGCUGGGAUGAGUCGAAUCAAGGCCAGAAAGACUGAGUCUUUGGUGGAGAAAAUAGAAGAAAUCCAGAAAAGGGACCAUCGUCUGGAGGUGGAGAAUCAGAUCUUGCGAACCCAACUUCUAGAAGCAGCUAAAAGGGUCGGGGACUUCGGAGUCUCUACACCAUAUUCGUCUUUAAGUCUGAAUGUUAUGUCCAAUAAGUUGGAUGGUUAACCCUCUGGUUAACUCUGUUAAGGAUGAUAUUGAAUGAUCAGUGGUAGAAGAAUUUGAGUUCUGUCGUAAAUAACCAAUAUAUUGUAUUCAAUGGGUAGCAAAGGGAGCUAGAUCUGG